CCUGCGCCGCUCAAAAAACAACCCAAGUUUUGCGAUCCAGUGCUCAAACAGAUCAAUUUCGAUUUCGAAGAAACAAUCUCGAGUCCCUCGUCCCCACCGAAUCAACAAGAGAAAUUUGCGAGUUCGCGGCCAUGGCGCAGAGAACGCUAGAGCUGACGCUGAUCUCGGCGAAGGAUCUCAAGGAGGUCAAUCUGCUCUCCAAGAUGGAGGUCUACGCCGUCGUCUCGCUCGCCGGCGACCCCCGCUCGCGGCAGCGGAUCCAGGCCGACCGCACCGGUGGCCGCAACCCCACCUGGAACGCCACGCUACGCUUCACCGUCCCGGCCUCCGGCGCCGGCUCCCUCCACGUCCUCCUCCGCGCCGAGCGCUCCUUGGGCGACCGCGACGUCGGCGAGGUCCACAUCCCACUCUCCGAGCUCCUCUCUGGCGCCCCCGACGGCCCCGUCCCCGCCAAGUUCGUCGCAUACCAGGUCCGUAAGAUCUCUUCCGGCAAGCCCCAGGGAGUCCUCAACUUCUCCUACAAGCUCGGCGAGGUCACCCAAUCGGCCGCCUACGCUCCCGACUCCGCCUCGGCCGCGUACGCGCAGCCUCCACCGACCGCCGCGUACCCUCCUCCCUCUGCCUACCCGCCGUCAGGCAAGGCCGAUGCGUACCCGCCUCCCACCGCCUACCCGCCGGCAGCCAAGACCGAAGCGUACCCGCCUCCCACCGCCUACCCACCUGCGGCAAAGCCCAACGAGCCGGCAACAGCUUACCCGGCCCCUUCCGGCUACCCGUCCGCGGGCAAGCCAGCGAAUGCAGGCGAGCCAGUGAUGGCAUACCCGGCUGCCGGCCCCAGCACCGCGGCUCCACCGCCGCAGUACGGGUACGGCUACCCACCGCAGCAGCCAGCCGGCUACGGGUACCCGCCCCCGCCGCCGCAAGCUGGGUACGGGUACGGGUACCCGCCGCAGGGCGGGUACGGGUACCAGCAGCAGGCCGUGAAGCCGCCGAAGAAGAACAAAUUCGGGAUGGGGCUCGGUGCCGGGCUGCUCGGAGGUGCGGUCGGCGGGCUCCUGCUCGGGGAUAUGAUCUCGGAUGCGUCUUCGUACGAUGCCGGCUACGACGCCGGGUUCGACGACGGCGGUGGCUUUGACUUCUAGAGCGCUCUGAUGAGGAUGACAUGAUACAGCGGAGGUCUAUCGUUUUGGAUUUGCCUUUGUGAAAUGUUUCGUUUCUACCGAAUUGUCAGGACCAAAUUAUGCAUCUUAUCUGAUAUGGUAAUGUAAAUACGAAGCACCAAAUGUGAUAGUGUAUGAAUUGAAGUUUUUGCUCA